AUGUCUUCCAAAACGCCCCCCUCCGAUACCCAGAGCAGUAGUCCCUUGGGACAAAGCUCUCGAUCGACAUCAGCCAUGACCGGGAAAGAGACCCCAACCCCCUCAAACACCGAUGUCGAGAUGAAGACCAUGCAGUCCAAUGCGCCCAAGGGCUCUAUCCCCUUGGGUGAGGAUAUCAUGCAGCUGGCUCGCAUUGGAGAGAUCGGGGCGAUGCAGAAUCUGUUUGCGACAAAGAAAUUGACUGCGAAUCAUCGAGAUGAAGAAGGAAUUACUCCGCUACACUGGGCCGCAAUCAACAAUCAAUACGCCAUGUGCAAAUUCCUCCUCGACGCCGGAGCCGACGUGAACGCAAAGGGCGGAGAGUCCGUGGCUACACCAGCCAUGUGGGCAGCGCAACGAUGCCACUACUACAUCGUCAACCUGCUACUCACGCACGGCGCAGACCCGCUCCUCACCGACGUCCAAGGCUACAACAUCCUCCACCUCGCAACCAUUGACGGAAACGCUUUCCUAGUCGUCUUGCUCCUGCACCAGGAGAUCCCCGUCGAUGUAGUCGACCAGCAAGGCCACACAGGCCUGAUGUGGGCCGCCUACAAGGGCUACCCAACAUGCGUGGACCUAUUCCUGCGCUGGGGCGCCAACGCCAACGCCGUAGACGAGGGCGGCCUCACACCCCUGCACUGGGCUCUGGUCAAGGGCUCACUGCCGUGUGUCUUGAAGCUGUUGGAAUACGGCGCGGACCGAUUCGCGGAGACCCGCGACGGAAAGUCGCCCAGUACAGUCGCGCAGGAGAUGAAUACGAUGCGCAUCUGGUACCGGGCUCUUAAUGAGCGGGGCUAUGAGCCGGAUGGGACGCAGAAGGAGGUGCCGAUGGGACUGGCGAUUGUCCGGAAUAAGAGCACCAUGGCGAAGUUUUUCUUCCUGUGGCCGUUCCUGACUAUUCUUCUUGCGCUUUGGAUGCUGAGCCAUAUCUCGGUUUUCCUUAGUGUGCCGCUGACGCUGGCGACGCUUUUUGGGAUGCAGUGGUCUGCGCAGCAGUUGGCGAACCGAGGUCCUUCGGAGUAUCGGAUUUUGCAGAAGACGCCGUACUUGGCUGGUGUCUUCGCAGGCACAUUGUUCUGGGUCGGCUUUUGUUAUGUUUUCAGGGUAUUGCCAGCCACAUACUCUUCAUCCCCGAUUUUGAACAUUCUGUUUGCCAUCUUCUAUAGUCUUACGGCCUAUUUCUACAUCUACGCCAUGAUUCAGGAUCCGGGCUAUGUGCCCAAGAUCAGCAGCCGGAACCAGCAAAGGGAGAUGGUCAAGCAACUCUUCGAACUCUGGAAGUUUGACGAGGAAAACUUUUGCGUCCCUUGCAUGUCGCGCAAGCCUCUCCGCAGCAAGCACUGUCGCCGCUGUGGCCGUUGCGUUUCGAAGCAUGACCACCACUGUCCCUGGAUCGACAACUGUGUCGGAGCGAACAACCUCCGCCACUUCGUCCUUUACAUUGUUUCCCUCGAAAUCGGCAUCAUCCUGUUCGUCCAGCUGACCGUUCGCUAUAUCAACGCCCUCCCAGCCCCAACAGCUGCAUCCUGCAACGUAAUCAACGACGCCUUGUGCAGCUACGUCACCCGCGACACAUUCACCCUCGUCCUCAACAUCUGGGUAAUCCUCCAACUAGUCUGGGUAACAAUGCUCUGCGCAGUCCAACUAGUCCAAAUCUCCCGCAAUCAAACAACCUACGAAAACAUGCGCGGCCACCACAUCGACCGCUCAUACCCAAGCUCCCAAGCCUUCGCCUCAGCAAUGACAGCAGGAACAACCUCCCUCGACGCAGCAGGCCUCUCCGCCACGGGCGCAGGCCCCAACCCGGCCCUCGCCAGACCCCCGCCCCCACGCCGCCGCCACGGCAACUGCUUCUCGCAAUGGUCGGCGCUACUAGGCAUCGACGCGUUCUUCGCGACAGCAAGAGACGGUCUCCGCGACGGACAGGGUCAAGCAGCCGCCCGACCCCGCAAUCCAUUCUCGCGCGGCUUGGCGACAAACUGUCGCGAUUUCUGGUGCGAUCCGGCACCUAUCUUUGGCAAGAGACAGACUGGUUCUGCGAUGUUGGCGGGUGAGGUCGUUAAUUAUCAUGACAUGUAUGAGACGCCCAUGCGGAUGCAUACGGGUGCGCGGUCGAGAUCCGGUGAUGGGGGUGCUUAUCGGAGUGUUGCGGGUGAAGAUCCUGAGCGGAUGGUUUGA